AUGUCCAAGCAACGACAAGCUAAGCCUUAUGUUGAUCGAUUUAAUGAAAGCGUGACUGGUUGGCAUCAACCAAACGAUCUAGAUCCUGUACGAACUAAACCAACGUAUCCGUCAAUUGGUACACCUCCGAAACUACGAACGUUGGUUACUCCACCGGGUACUGAAGCUUAUCGAAAUACUUAUAAUUUACGAAGAUUCAACAGUCCACUACCUAAUCUUCAUGAUUCACACACUCCUCCGGCUCGUCUCGAUACAUGGGGACUCGAGCCAGUUGACUAUCGUGCGAAUCAAGAUCUUCGCUCAUUCAUCCGACAACCAUCAUCAUUGACAAAAUAUGGUCUUGCAAAUACGAGUCAGCGACAGAAAAAAUCAUAUAUCGUGGUGCCGCGCCUAUCGAGUCUAACCAGUCCACCAGCUAAUGGAGAUAGAAUCGAUAGUCGAUUUUCUAUACCAACAAAUCGUGCAGUAGCUAGUCACGUUACAGACUCUCAAUAUAGAUAUCUGGAAAGAAUUCAAUCCUACUCACCUAACUACCAGCGCGAGCCUCCGGAUUCGACAUAUCUGCGCAAAAACGAAGCAUUUGCAAACCGUUUCAUCGACGACUUUAUCGAUAAAUGCAUUGCUGAUCAAUUCAUACCAGAUAUCUUACUUGAAGUCUUGGGCGAACUUGAUCGCGAAUACAAGAAAGAUCAAGACGCUAACAAUCCUAAAUUUGAAGCCGACGAAUACAUCACUGAGUUAAACAAACGUGUCGCAGUUAAAGGUGAUAGUGCAAAUCUAUUUUCGGACGAGUGGAUGCGUGAGCUUGAUUAUCAACGCCCGGAAAUGCCGUUAACUCAAAUUGAUUCAAAUCGCCCAUUGCAAAACCGGUUAGAUUUCCGUGAUCUUAUAUCUGAAGACAGACAGAAGCCGCGCAGCACCUAUAACGAUCCUAUGCUAACAGGUAUUGUUCAAGACGUUGUGAAUACCGAAGUUUACAGUAUGACCACAGAUAUCACACGCGAAACUGUAGCUGACAAUUUGCAGUAUGGUCGGUCCAUGCGUGAUAUUUAUCAGGAUAUUGAAUCUGAAACUAUUGGCGAAUUAUCACGUGAAACUGCAUACGAUACGACAAGUACAGAAAAGAAAUUCGUUAGUCAAGUUCAGCUAAAUUCCAUUUCGAAACAUGCGCAAAACAAACUAUUGGAUACAAUUGUCCUCGAUCAAUUAAUUCGCAAAUAUAUUGGACAAAGUGGUUCAGUUGUGGAUGUCGAUGAUCUCUCCCGUUUCUUAGAUGGUACACAUACCUAUUUGAAUCUGUAUAUCUUCUUUAUCCACGUGAUUUUAGCUACAAUACUUGAUAAUCUAAUCUACCAAUAUCAGGACAUUACAGAAAGUCGAUCACGAACGUUAGAUAACUAUGCUUUAAGAAAAUUUCAUUUGAAUUCAUUCAUGAAUAUGACAAUGGAUUUAUUACUUACUGAAUUGAGUGCUAGUCUUAUUGAAGAUAUGAAAGAUUUAGAUGAACAAGAACGUCGUGUUUUCUAA